AAUUGCGAGAAACUAAGGCUGUUUCCUAAGGGAUGCUGGUAUGAGCUCCAGAUGCAAUAUGGAUCAAUUGGCUGGGAUGUAGGUGCGACUCUUGGAUAUGCACAGGUUGCACGAAAUAAGCGAGCGAUUGCUUCCAUUGGUGAUGGUAGCUUCCAGGUGACAGCACAAGAUGUGUCAACAAUGCUGAGAUGUAAACAGAGGACCAUCAUCUUCCUUAUAAACAAUGGGGGAUACACCAUAGAAGUUGAGAUCCAUGACGGGCCUUACAAUGUGAUCAAGAACUGGAACUACACUGGUUUGGUCGAUACAAUCCACAAUGGUGAAGGCAAGUGCUGGACGGCAAAGGUGAGUCGGGAAGAAGAGCUUAUCGAGGCAAUUGAUACAGCAAUGGGUGCUAAGAGUGAUUGUCUGUGCUUCAUAGAAGUGAUUGUUCACAAGGAUGACACGAGCAAAGAGCUGCUUGAAUGGGGAAUUUUUGUUUCUUAGUAGAUGCUUUCAUAGUAUCUAUAUGUAUAAUUAGUUUGAAUUGUAUCUUUUGUGCCGAUCUGUUUUGUAAUAACUUUCAACUUACCACUAGGCACUAGUUUAACUUUAUUUCAUCUUGGAAUUGAAAUAUUUUUGCAUAUUAAGAAGCAUGAAUUGAUCUAGUAUUAUGUU